GGGCGCUGCCCAACAGCAGUCGGUUGGCCGUCGCUGACAAGUACAGAUACAAAGAGACGACGACCACGCGUUCUUCCGUUUCAUCCAACAUCAAACAGUACACGAUUCCCUUUUUUGAAUCAAAUCCGACGCGUUCAUCGUAAACGUAAUUAAAACGGUCGUAAGCAGAUGCCCACGAACCCCGUAAAAACACCCUCGAACUGCAUUUACCGUAUUAACGAGUAUAACUCGUACAGAUACAAGUUUUAAUCGUGAGCCGGGAGUGCCGCAAAAACUAUGGCGGACGACAACGCCAAGGAUCGUUAUGAUCCAGAACUGAAAUACCUGUGUGUCGAUAGGAACCUGUACAACGACCCCGCAUCGCAAGCCGAAUGGACCCAAAAGAGACUCGUAUGGGUGCCCCACGAAAGCCAGGGUUUCGUCGCGGCGAGCAUCAAGGGCGAACGUGGAGACGAGGUCGAAGUGGAACUCCAAGAGUCUGGAAAAAGGACCUUUGUCGCUCGCGAUGAUAUCCAAAAAAUGAACCCCCCGAAGUUUGACAAGGUCGAGGACAUGGCGGACCUCACCUGCCUCAACGAAGCCUGCGUCCUACACAAUCUUAAAGAUAGAUACUAUUCCGGAUUAAUCUAUACAUAUUCAGGCCUAUUUUGCGUGGUAGUAAACCCGUAUAAGAAAUUACCGAUUUAUACGGAGAAAAUAAUGGAAAGGUACAAAGGAAUAAAGAGACAUGAAGUUCCCCCGCACGUUUUCGCAAUAACCGACACGGCCUAUCGUUCAAUGUUACAAGAAAGAGAAGAUCAAUCAAUUUUGUGUACGGGUGAAUCAGGUGCUGGCAAAACAGAGAAUACGAAGAAAGUUAUUCAGUAUUUAGCGUACGUAGCGGCUUCGAAAUCACCCAAAGGAUCAGGAGCGAAAGAUCUUAUUAGUCCCACGAGAGAAUUCUCGGGUGGUCUUGAGCAACAACUAUUACAAGCCAAUCCAAUUCUCGAAGCGUUUGGAAAUGCUAAAACUGUCAAAAAUGAUAAUUCAUCUAGAUUUGGUAAAUUUAUUCGUAUUAAUUUCGAUGCGUCUGGAUACAUCGCCGGGGCGAAUAUCGAAACGUAUUUAUUAGAAAAAUCUCGUGCCAUAAGACAAGCCAAACAUGAAAGGACUUUCCAUAUAUUUUAUCAACUCCUAGCUGGAGCUAGUGCUGAACAAAAAAAGGAAUUUAUUUUAGAAGAGCCAAAAACCUAUCCAUUCCUUCGCGAAGACAACCAUUUGGUGCCAGGAGUGGACGAUUCCGCCGAAUUUCAAGCAACAGUUCGCAGCAUGGACAUAAUGGGAAUGACGAAAGAAGAUUUUAGCGCAAUUUUCCGCAUAAUAUCCGCCGUGAUGUUAUUCGGAACGAUGCAAUUCAAGCAAGACAGAAAUUCGGACCAAGCAACACUUCCAGAAAACACGGUAGCCCAAAAAAUCGCCCACUUACUCGGAUUAUCCGUCACGGAAAUGACAAAAGCCUUCCUAAAACCCCGCCUGAAAGUCGGCAGAGAUUUCGUUACAAGAACCCAAACGAAAGAACAAGUCGAAUUCGCCGUUGAGGCCAUCUCAAAAGCUUGUUACGAGAGGAUGUUUCGCUGGCUUGUUACGCGAAUUAAUCGGAGUUUAGGAAGAACUAAGAGACAAGGGGCGAGUUUUAUCGGGAUUUUGGAUAUUGCUGGAUUCGAAAUUUUCGAUUUAAACUCGUUUGAGCAGCUUUGUAUUAAUUACACCAACGAGAAGUUGCAACAACUUUUUAACCACACCAUGUUUAUUCUCGAACAAGAAGAAUAUCAACGCGAAGGAAUCGAAUGGAAAUUUAUCGAUUUCGGGUUAGAUUUACAACCAACGAUCGAUUUAAUCGACAAACCGAUGGGGAUUAUGGCUUUAUUGGACGAGGAGUGCCUCUUCCCGAAAGCCACCGAUAAAACGUUCGUUGACAAAUUAGUUUCGGCACAUUCGGCUCACCCCAAAUUUAAGAAAAGCGAUUUUAGAGGGGUCGCCGAUUUCUCGAUUAUUCAUUACGCGGGGAAAGUCGAUUAUUCCGCGGAUCAGUGGUUAAUGAAGAAUAUGGACCCUCAAAACGAAAAUGUUGUUUCGUUGUUGCAAAAUUCGCAGGAUCCUUUUGUGGUGCAUAUUUGGAAGGAUGCUGAGUCGAUUGGGAGGGCGAAAGGGAUGUUUAGGACUGUCUCUUAUCUUUAUAAGGAGCAAUUAGCGAAUUUGAUGGUGACUUUGAGGAAUACUAACCCGAAUUUCGUGAGAUGUAUUAUUCCUAAUCAUGAGAAACGCGCGGGAAAAAUUGAUGCGCCGCUCGUUUUGGAUCAAUUGAGAUGUAACGGGGUUUUGGAGGGAAUUAGGAUUUGUCGCCAAGGCUUUCCUAAUCGAAUCCCCUUCCAAGAGUUCCGCCAACGCUACGAGCUUUUAACCCCGAAUGUUAUUAACAAAGGCUUUAUGGAUGGAAAGAAAGCUUGCGAGACGAUGAUUAAGAGUUUAGAGUUGGAUAAUAACCUCUAUAGGAUUGGGCAAUCGAAGAUUUUCUUCAGAGCUGGGGUUUUGGCCCAUUUGGAGGAGGAGCGCGAUUAUAAAAUAACCGAUUUGAUCGUUAACUUCCAGGCUUUUUGCCGCGGAUUUUUGUCGAGGAGGAAUUACCAAAAGCGCGUUCAACAACUAAACGCGAUAAGAAUCAUUCAGAGGAAUUGCUCAGCUUAUCUUAAAUUGAGAAAUUGGCAGUGGUGGAGGUUAUACACCAAGGUUAAGCCCCUCCUUGAAGUUACAAAGCAAGAGGAGAAGUUGAUGCAAAAAGAGGAUGAGCUAAAACAGGUUAAAGAUAAAUUGGAGGUCCAUUUAAAGACGGCCCAAGAGUUUGAGAGAAAAUAUCAAUCCGCGAUUGAUGAAAAAACCGCUUUGGCUGAGCAACUCCAAGCUGAAGUUGAGUUAUGCGCGGAAGCUGAGGAAAUGAGGGCGAGAUUAACGGCGAGGAAGCAAGAACUAGAAGAGAUUUUGCAUGAUUUAGAAGCGCGAGUUGAGGAGGAGGAAGAACGCGCGAGCAACUUAAGUAACGAUAAGAAGAAGCUUCAAAUGACCAUUCAAGACUUAGAGGAGCAAUUGGAGGAGGAGGAAGCGGCCCGGCAAAAGCUCCAACUCGAAAAGGUCCAAUGCGAUGGGAAAUUAAAAAAAUUAGAGGAAGAUAUAGCUUUAAGCGAGGAUACAAAUCAAAAAUUAUUAAAAGAAAAGAAAAUCCUCGAGGAGCGCUCCAACGAUUUAAGCCAAACCUUAGCGGAGGAGGAGGAAAAAGCGAAACACCUCGCGAAAUUAAAAGCAAAACACGAAGCAACAAUAGCAGAGCUCGAAGAGCGCUUAUUAAAAGACCACCAACAACGGCAAGAAUCAGAUCGCUCAAAGCGCAAAAUCGAAUCGGAAGUAAACGAUUUAAGGGAACAACUCUCUGAGAAGCGCAGCCAAUUAGAAGAAUUACAACUCCAAUUGGGUAAAAGGGAAGAAGAGCUCGCCCAAAGCCAAGUUAGAGUCGACGAAGAAGGCGCGCUUAGGGCCACGGCCCAAAAAGCGCUGCGAGAACUUGAAAGCCAACUAACCGAACUCCAAGAAGAUUUAGAAGCCGAAAAAGUCGCAAGAAAUAAAGCCGAAAAAAUGAAGCGCGACCUCAACGAAGAAUUAGAAGCCCUCAAAAACGAACUAUUAGACUCUUUAGACUCAACAGCAGCCCAACAAGAACUCAGAUCAAAACGCGAACAAGAAUUGGCAACGUUAAAAAAAACCCUCGAAGAAGAAACAUCAACCCACGAAGUCUCUUUAGCCGAAUUACGCCACAAACACACCCAAGAACUCUCCGUUAUUAAUGAACAAUUAGAAACUUUAAAAAAGGCUAAAGCUGGGUUGGAAAAGUCAAAACAAUCCCUCGAAGCCGACAACGCAGAUUUAGCCACCGAAUUACGCUCGAUCAGCUCGAGCAGACAAGAAAGUGAUCGCAGACGCAAACAAGCAGAGAGUCAAUUAACCGAGCUUCAAGCUAAACUCCAAGAAAUCGAGCGAACCAAAUCAGACUUACAAGAAAAAGCGGCCAAACUCCAACAAGAAGCCGAAAACAUCUCGCAACAACUCGAAGAGGCCGAAUUAAAAGCUUCAACGGCCGUUAAAAAUCAAACGACGCUUGAAUCGCAAUUCGCCGAGGUUCAAGGCGCCCUCGAAGAAGAAACCAAAUUAAAAUUGGCUUUAAGCUCGAAAUUGCGCCAAUUAGAAGCGGAUAAGGAAGCGCUCCGCGAUCAACUCGAAGAGGAAGAAGAGGCAAAACGGAAUUUGGAAAAGCAAUUAUCAGUUUUGAACGUCCAAUUAAUUGAGACUAAAAAGAAAGCGGAAGAUGAAGCGGAACAAGCGGCGAUUUUGGAGGAGAGCAAAAAGAAAAUGGCCAAAGACAUCGAAGCGUUACAAAGACAAGUCGAGGAAUUAACCGCGGCUAAUGAUAAAUUAGAAAAAAGUAAAAAGAAAAUUGCCGCGGAAUUGGAGGACUCCAACAUCGACUUGGAAACGCAAAGGGGAAAAGUCGUCGAGUUGGAGAAAAAACAGAAAAAUUUCGAUAAGAUUUUAGCCGAGGAGAAAGCCAUCUCCGAAAAAUUAGCCCAAGAUAGGGAUUCGGCGGAGAGGGAGGCGCGCGAAAAAGAAACGCGGGUCUUAUCGUUAAGCAGAGAACUCGACGAUUCCAACGAAAAAAUCGAGGAAUUAGAGCGAGUUCGACGCCAAUUACAAGCGGAACUCGACGAACUCGUCAACAAUCAAGGAACCGCCGAUAAAAACGUCCACGAACUCGAAAAGGCUAAGAGAUCCUUAGAGAGCCAAUUAGCCGAGCUAAAAUCGCAAAAUGAGGAGUUGGAGGAUGAAUUGCAAUUAACUGAGGAUGCUAAAUUACGUUUGGAGGUUAACAUGCAAGCUUUGCGUGCCCAAUUCGAACGUGAUAUUCAAGCGAAAGAGGAACAAGCGGAAGAAAAACGUCGAGGAAUUCUCAAACAACUCCGCGAUUUAGAAGCCGAAUUAGACGAAGAACGUAAACAAAGAAGUGCCGCUGUUGCUGCAAAGAAAAAGCUUGAAGGCGAUUUAAAAGAGAUCGAAGCUCAAGUUGAGUUACAAUGCAAAGUAAAAGAAGACGCUUUAAAACAACUUAAAAAAUCGCAACAACAAUGUAAAGAAGCGACUAGAGACGCUGAAGAAGCUCGCGCAGCCCGCGAUGAAUUAGCGGCUAGUUGUAAAGACGCUGAAAGAAAAGUUAAAGCUUUAGAGGCGGAAAUUUUGAGUGUUAGCGAAGAUUUUGCGAGCUCCGAACGUGCUAGGAGAGCCGUUGAAGCCGAAAGGGACGAAUUACAAGAAGAAAUUAAUAACAACGCGAAUAAAGGGACGUUAUUGAUCGACGAAAAGCGUCGCUUAGAAGCUAGGAUAGCCACGCUUGAAGAAGAAUUGGAAGAAGAACAAAGUAACAACGAAAUUUUAUUGGAUCGCGCGAGAAAGGCGCAAUUAUCAGUUGAUCAACUCACAACGGAAUUAGCAACGGAAAGAGCCGCUACCCAAAAAAUGGAUUCUAAUAGAUUACUUCUUGAGCGACAAAACAAGGAAUUAAAAGCUAAAUUAGCCGAAUUGGAAACAGCGCAACGUACGAAAACUAAAGCUACGAUUGCAGCGCUUGAAAGUAAAAUAGCUAACUUAGAGGAACAAUUAGAGAUUGAAGCGAAAGAAAGAUUUGGUCAACAAAAAACGAAUAGAAAGCUCGAUAAGAAACUUAAAGAACUCGUUUUGCAAUUGGAAGACGAAAGAAGACACGCGGAUCAAUACAAAGAGCAAGUUGAGAAGGCCAACGCGCGCGUUAAAGCUCUUAAACGGCAGUUGGAUGAGGCGGAAGAAGAGAUCAGUCGCGAAAAGGCCCAAAAGAGGAAGGCUCAAAGGGAAUACGAGGAUAUGUUGGAGUCGCACGAAUCGAUGACUCGCGAAAUAAGCAACUUAAAAAGCAAAUUAAGGAGAGGUGCUGCCGGUAUGGGUUUAUCAUCGACCAGAAUAAGUUCGUCGAAACGGGGAUCGAUCCAAACGAGCGGAAACGGUUCAGGGGAUGAUUCAACCACGCAGGAUGAGACCCUCGACGGCGACGAUGGACCUAAUUAAUUAAAAAAGAAUUACAAAAAUUAAUUUAAGUUGAGUUUCGGGAUUUGCAAUCGUUUUAAAUGAUUUUAUUUCAUUUUAAAUUUUUGAGGAUGUUUUUAAUUUUUUUUUUGUAACGAGUUAAUUAAUCCCGUACUCUUUCUCUCACUUUUUUGUAUAUAAUUAAUCAGCAAAGAAUUAAAAAAAAGAUGAGAGAUGUAAACAUUAAUAUCAGGAAAAGUACUUAGCCAUACGAAUUUAUAAAGAGAACGUAAUUUUAAAAAAUAAUUUCUUUUGACAUUAAUUAAUAAUUAUGUAUAUAGGUUAAAUAAGAAUUUUUCUUUUAUUUUGGUUUAUAUAAUUAUUUUCUAAAUUGUUUUUCUAAAAUCAAACGUUUCUUUUUGUAAACUCGCCAAUCAAUCAAUCAAAGCAGAUUUUAUUACUUUCUUAAUUUAUUUUAAUUUUGGAUUUCUGCGUUAUUUAAUUAAGUCCACAUGGUGGUCUCACCUUUUAUUAUUAUUACAUUUUCUAUAGUUUACUUAAACGUUACGUCUCGUUUUUUUUUGUACCGCUUUUUUUAAUAUUGAACCACAAGUUGCCUUUUUAUGCAUUUUCACGUUUAUUAUUAUUAUUAUUCAAAAUAAUUAUUGUACUACGUUUAAUUUUAAUUUUUUUUUGAUUUAAAUAAAAAUAUAGGGAACAUAAUCACACGAUUGUUUAAGAUUUUGGUUAAAAUGUAAAGAGAGGUGACUAAAAACGAGUGUCUGCUUGUCUUAUUAUAAUUUUUUUUCUUUUUGUAUAAAAAUGAUCGAGUCGCUGGCUUAUUCGCGUCUUGUAUAUAAUCCUCGUAUUUUCUAUUUUUGGGUUACGGUCUAUUUGUACUUUAACAAAUUCAAUCAAUAUAUUAGAAAUUUAUAAAAAAAA